AUGAAAAACCUCGCCCCAGGCAAGAGCCCCGCAAAGCUCCUCGAGCCCCCACCACCCUCGUUCACCCGCCCGCCACCACCAACAUUGUCUUACGAGGACUUCCCGGACAUCGAGCUCAUCGGGAAUGGCACAAUGCUCGACCAAGGCUUCCCCUACCUCGCGCCGUUCUGCCCGACGGCCCCACAUCCGUUCAUCACGCACGACGUGACCGAGCACGACUGGCGGCAGUUCCUACACGACAUCCGCAUCGCAGGCUCGCUCUCGCCCACGAACCGCAUCGUCUCCGGGGUGCUGCCCAUGGCGUUCGGCUUCGGACUCAUACUAGGGCUGUUCGCGACGUUCGGCGUGGAGAACCACAUGCGGCGCAAGAAGAAGGGGCCAGUGUCGCAGCUGAUUGACCACUGGAACCACCUGUUCUUCCACCCGCGCUUUAUGCACAUAGCGCUCGAGAAGGGUCCCCGGGAUCGACAUUCUCGGCGGGGGCGGCCCCAGCUCAUCGACAAGAACUGGCGUCUUGUCAUUUCUUAUCGACCGCACGGCGGAGGAUGGUAG